UCUAACGUAGGUAAAAGAGAGAAAGAAAUAAAAAAUUGGCGUGAGUCGGGCCAAGCAAGCUAAGGCAAACCCUCGUUGGCAAGUUUGUGAUGGCGGCCUCUUCUUCCUCUCUCUCUGCCUCCGACGACUCUUCUUCUCGCCGUCGCAGGCGCCACCACCGCCAUCGCCGAGGCCGCGAUAAGGACUCUCUCAAGAUUCGAAAGAAGAGCAAGUCCCAAUCCCAAUCCCGCGGAAAACGACGCCGUAGGCAUUACCACCACUCUUCCGAUUCCUAUUCUUCAUCCUCCCUCUCUGAUUACUCCAGAAGUGAAAGUUCUUCUGAUAGUGAACAUGAAACAUCUCACCGUUCAAAGAGGCACAAAAAGAGUGACAGGCCAAAGAAGAAUAAGGAAAAAGAUCAAAGUAAAAGCCACCGUCAUAAGUGGCAGAAGCAUAAAGUAAAAGAGAAACAGCAUGAUGAGAGGAGCAGCAGCCCUGUGCAGCUUUCCAAGUUUUUAGGGCGUGACAAAGAUGAUGGUGUCCGUCGCAGUGCUGUAUCUGGCAAGAAGAUUCUUCUGAAACUUGAGAAAACAAAGGAAGAUAAGGUAGCUGAAAGCAAGAGAAAUGAACUGCUGAACUUUUUAAAUGCUAGUUUUGAUUAGAUUUGAUAGGGUACAACAAAAUCUGCAAAGAACCAAAUUUACUUACGUGGGUGCAUAAAUUAUUUUUCCAUUAUAAGAACCGGGCAGCCUGCCAUUUCCUUGCGGAAGAGGAGGGGGAUACCAUAAUAUUAUGCGUACCAUUGAAAGACAUGUGUGGUUCUCAAUCAGUGGAUUUCUCUUUUACGGAAUAUGUUAUGAGCUUUUGUAGAAUGAGGAGUUUUUGACCCAACAGAUUCCAUACAUGGUAUUUUGAGAUUGGGCAAUCAUUGUGUUAUGUGCCAAGACUUUUUUUUUUUUCUUGUGUUUAUUUGGGCACAUGUGACUGAAUUAUUAAAAAUUUGUUCCCUUCUUGGUUUCCCCUCCGAUGAUUGUUCUUAAAAUAGGUUUGGAUUGAAUUGAGUCAACGUAAAGAUCUUAGGUUCAAUUCUUGUUCAUUGCCCGUUAUUGA